AUGCUAGAGGAGCAGAAAAACACAUCGAUGAACGAGCGGAUCUACAAACUCCAAGCACAAUGGAGUAUGCGUGAGAAUCAGCUACAAAAGGAGAUCGCACUUCUCAAGCGAAAGCCUGACAAUGUUGCUAUAGAGACAAAGUCACAGAGUGAAACAAAGUCAAUCGUGUCAUCAAAACGAACGACAAAAGACCGUGAACGUCGUCUAAUAGCUCUAAAAGAACGGCAAGCUUUGGAAAUGAGACACCUUGAAGAACAACUCGUGCUGAUGGAAGAAUGCAGUAGUGAAUACGAGUUCGCAAACGAAGAAGAGGAAAAUAUCAGCUGUAAGGAGAAAGUUGAUAAAUGGUUGGAGAACGGACCUCACCCCGAUACUUCCAUAGCUCCUACGCCGGUCUGCUCCGACGUACUAUCCGUUACUUCAAAGAGAAACACGAAUAGCAACCGCAGUACGACCGGUAACUAUUCUCAACACGCGCGGGCUCUCUCAAAAAACCAACUGGCUGCACGGCAAGCCGUAUCUAAACAUCUACCAACCUUCUCCGGAGAUCCUGAGGAUUGGCCCCUAUUUUUUGCCACAUUCGAGAGUAGCACUGCAAUGUGCGGGUAUACCAACGAGGAGAACAUAUUUCGCCUAAGACGCUGUUUAAAAGACAAAGCCUUCGAUGCAACGCGAAGCUUGCUGCUACACCCAGACAAUGUGGGUACGGUGAUGUCUACGCUGAAAACCUUGUUCGGGCGACCUAACCUUAUCGUUGGGGCAAUGAUCCAGAAGAUUCGAGACAUACCACCACCGAGAAUCGAAAAACUGAAUACAAUGAUCAAUUUCGGCGUAUCAGUACAGAACUUAUGCGCUACUAUACAGGCCUGCGAGUUAGACGAGUAUUACUACAACGUAACAAUCCUUCAGGAACUAGAAGAAAAACUUCCACCAACAGUUAAACUUAGCUGGGCGCUAACCCGCAAACCUAUUCGGAGAGUGAAACUCACAGAUUUUAAUGAAUGGCUUAAAACAAUCGUGGAAGCUGCUUGUGAAGUUACUACCCUGGACGUGGACAUAGUCGGGAAAACAGAGAAGAAGAAGAAUCAAGGAUUUUUAAACGUUCACUCCGAGUGUCUGUCGGAAAGCCCGCGUGAGCCAGCGACAGAUGAUUGUAUCGUCUGCAAAUCGGAUUGCGAGACCGUUGCCAGAUGCAAACGUUUUUUGUCUAUGAACGUAGAUAUGCGCUGGAAAGUAUUAAGAGCCUGCAAACUCUGUCGUAGGUGCCUAAGAAAGCAUUUCACGUCCUGCAACGCCAAAGAUCCAUGUGGGCAAAAUGGUUGCACAUUUUUACAUCACAAAUUGUUGCACAAUGAUACCAAGCACAGGGACGCAAGAUUAGCGUCACCCUCUCCACCUACAGAUUUAAAUCAGUGUUGCAACAUUCAUCGCAGUGGCGUCGGUUCCGUAUUCUUUCGGUACGUACCGGUUAUUAUAAAAGGAAAAGGGAAAUCAAUUGCAACGUUUGCGUUCCUUGAUGAUGGGUCAUCAUCAACCCUGAUGGAACAAGAGCUUUACAACGAACUAGGCUUGGAAGGAACCCCCCAGCCACUCUGCCUGAAUUGGAUGGGUGGAACCAGUAGGUGGGAAAAGAACUCGGUUAAGCUUUCGGUCGACAUAUCAAGUGUGCACAGCCCUGAUAAACAAUAUCGCCUAUCCGGAGUUCAUACAGUCGCAGAACUCAGACUACCAGAACAGACAUUGUCGAUCGAAGAUCUGAGUCAGAGAUAUAAGCACCUCGAAGGACUUCCUAUUCAAUCAUAUUCCAGAAUCGCUCCCAGAAUAUUAAUCGGGAUGAACAACUGUCGACUCGGGCAUGUACUAGAUAGUAGAGAAGGCAGAGAUAACGAGCCUUCAGCAGCUAAAACUCGACAAGGUUGGAUUGUAUACGGUCCGUGCUUCAGCUCAUCACAACCAAAUGCAAUUAUCGAUCACGCCGUUCAUCGUUCGUAUCAUAUCUGUGCUUGUAACAAAGGCCAUGACGAGGACUUACACGCAGCCGUUAAAGAGUACUUCGCUUUAGACAGUAUGGGAAUAAUUUCACCCCGCAAAACUCUACAAUCAAAGGAGGAUGAGCGCGCCAUACGUUUACUUGAACAGUGCACCACUCUAAAGAACGGAAGAUACGAAAGCGGUCUUCUUUGGAAGUACAACGACGUCCGGCUUCCGAACUCCAGAUCAAUGGCACUCACGAGAACGAAAUGUCUAGAGAAACGAAUGGAACGUGAACCAGAACUAGCCAGUAUGCUCAAAUCUAAAAUAAGCGAAUAUGAGGAGAAAGGUUAUGUACGAAAGUUGACCUCUACAGAACUGAAAAUUCAUCGCAAUCGAGUGUGGUAUCUACCGGUUUUUCCGGUCGUCAACCCAAACAAACCAGGCAAGAUUCGCAUUGUCUGGGAUGCAGCAGCGGAGGUCCGCGGAAUAUCUCUGAACUCGCAACUUUUGAAAGGACCCGACCUACUCAAUUCUCUAGUUUCGGUACUGUAUAUGUUUCGAGAAUAUAAGAUCGCCAUUACAGCGGACAUACGCGAGAUGUUCCACCAAGUGAGAAUGAACGAGAAUGAUCAACACUGCCAGAGAUUUUUUUGGCCCGCCGAAGAACCCGGAGGCAAGCCUCAUGAAUACAUUAUGACCGUCCUGAGCUUCGGGGCAACCUGCUCCCCAGCCACAACCGAAUACUGCAUGAACCUUAAUGCCCAGCGAUUCGCCAAAGAAUUCCCACGUGCUGUAGAGGCCAUCACGAAACAUCACUAUGUGGACGAUAUGCUGACGAGCGUGGAGGAAGUCGAACAGGCCGUUAAGCUGGCGAAAGAAGUCCGCCACAUUCAUUCUCACGCAGGAUUCGAGAUAAGAAACUGGCACUCAAAUUCCGAUCACCUACUGAACAAACUUGACGCUAAACCGCACGUCGAAACGAGCCUCAGCAUAGAUUCAGAGACUGCCAUCGAAAAAAUACUCGGCAUGUGGUGGGAUACGAAAACAGAUUGCUUCACCUUCAAGCUUUCCCCACGACACGAUGGCGACCUGCUCUCGGGACGAAAAAUCCCAACGAAAAGAGAACUCCUUCGAACACUGAUGACUAUCUUCGACCCACUGGGACUGAUCGCCAACCUCCUAAUGUAUCUGAAAGUGCUUUUACAGGAAGUAUGGAGAUCCGGUGUGGGCUGGGACGAGAAGAUUAGCGGCAAUCUUCUGGAUAAAUGGAGAGUGUGGCUUCGAGUGCUUCCAGGCGUUCAAUCAGUUGCGGUACCUAGGUGCUACCGCAAACAUACCUCAGCGUCCGAUGAAACGACGACAAUCGAACUCCACACCUUCGUAGAUGCGAGUGAGAGCGGCUACGCAGCGGUGUCGUAUUUCAGGUUCGAAGAAGGCGAUGAAAUAGAAUGCGCAAUAGCAGGAGCAAAAACUCGCGUAGCACCGCUAAAGUUUGUGACUAUUCCCCGACUAGAACUACAGGCAGCAGUACUGGGGGCUCGACUUGCUAAAAGCAUCGUGGAGCAUCAUAAACGUCCGAUCGUAAAGCGCUACUUUUAUACAGACUCAAAGGAUGUCAUGCACUGGAUUAACUCCGACCAUCGUCGGUAUAGCCAAUUCGAAGCUGCACGCGUGAGCGAGAUACUUGAAUCUACUACAACAACCGAAUGGUACUGGAUUUCGACCAAACUCAAUGUUGCGGACGAAGGUACAAAGUGGCAAAAGCUUCCCGACCUCUCACCGAACAGUCGCUGGUUUAGGAGUCCAGAAUUCUUGUGGACAAACAAGAUAAACUGGCCAACCCACUGCAACAGCUUCGGAUCGACGGAUGAAGAACUUCGCCCUACCGUUCUCCACCACAACGCUUACGCGUCGAUAAUAGCGUGGGAACGCUUCUCGAAAUGGAACCGAUUGUUACGCUCGGCAGCAUGGGUGCAACGAUACGUAUCAAAUCUUCAACGGCAAUCAAGAAGUGAGGGUCUCCAGUACGGUCCUCUGUCUCAUGAAGAGCUGAAACGAGCAGAAAUGUGCAUCUACCGCCUGGCCCAGAAAGAAAUGUUCCCCAAAGACUAUUCACUGGCUUCACACCCUAUCAAAGCAAAUACACAAAAGCGUCUCAAAGAAAAAGGUCAGCUGUCCAAACUACAUCCCAUAAUGGACGAAAGCCAAGUUUUACGCAUUCCAGGAAGAAUAGACGAAUGUAACUUUGUUGGCGAUCUCGCUAAACGACCAAUAUUCUUGCCCCGGCAACACUACAUAACAACACUUAUAAUUCGUGAGGUUCAUAAGCUCUAUCACCAUCAAAAUCAUCAAACGGUUCUGAACGAACUGAAGCAGAAAUACUAUAUUCCCAAAGUACGUACACAGUGCGAUCGUGUUAGGCGAAACUGUCAAUUUUGUAAAAUACGAAAUACAACGCCACAGCCACCAAUGAUGGGCAGUCUCCCUGCAGCCAGGUUAGCAGCCUACGCAAGACCUUUUUCGUAUAUAGGUAUAGACUACUUUGGUCCACAAGAAGUACUAGUAGGGCGCCGUGUUGAAAAACGAUGGGGUGUGCUAAUAACAUGCCUCACUGUGCGCGCCAUACACAUUGAAAUAGCACACAGUCUUACGACGGACUCCUGUAUCAUGGCCAUACGCAAUUUCAUGUCUAGAAGGGGAGUUCCGCUCGAAAUUUAUAGUGAUCGAGGGACGAACUUCAUCGGUGCAGAUCGGGAGCUGAAAGAAAUUUUGAAAACGGUUGACCAGGAUCACAUGGUGAGAAGUUUUACAACAUGUUCUACGCGCUGGAUCUUCAAUCCACCUGCCUCUCCCCAUAUGGGAGGGAGUUGGGAACGACUGAUACAGUCGGUCAAGAAAGGACUGGCGCAAAUAAAGCCACGAAGACUGCCUACGGACGAGAUUUAUCGGAAUAUGCUAAUGGAAGUUGAGAUGGUCGUAAAUUCUAGGCCAUUGACAUACGUUUCAGCCGACAAUGAAUCAGCACCAGCUCUAACACCAAACCAUUUCCUCUUGGGAACAUCGAAUGGCGUUAAACCCUUCUUCCUAUUCGACGACGGCGCAGAUACCUUACGCAAAACCUGGAAAAUGUCUCAAGUUUACGCAAAUAUCUUUUGGAAACGUUGGUUAACGGAAUACCUUCCCAGCAUCACGCGUAGAACUAAAUGGUUCCAGCCGGUAAAACCUAUUAAGACGGGAGACAUCGUAGUCAUUGUGGACCCCGCAUUACCAAGGAACUGCUGGCCCAAAGGUCGUGUGGUUUCCAUUUCCCAAUCGAAGGACGGGCAGGUACGAAGUGCUACAAUCCAAACAUCCGGAGGGUUGAUGGAACGGCCCGCUGUAAAGAUUGCAGUUCUGGACGUUGGACCAACAUAG